UAGUAGAUAAAAAUGGUACUUCUCUUUUAACAGAGAAGAUAACAAUAUUUGAAAAUAAGCGGUUACCGUUUUUUCUUAUUAAUUCGUUGUAAAGAUUACUGUAUAUCUAGCUUUCCUUUAGCUUCAGAUGUAACCCCUCCAUCAGUUGAAAAAUCAACUACAUCUUCAUUUAAACCAUUUAAAAGAACCAAUGUCUCAAGAUGAGCUAAGAUCUUUUCCUUAGAGAGAGAGAGAAUGUAAUAAUAUUUUACAUUUUAAGGUUUCGACUUCAGCUCAUCUAGUAGUCAUGUUGAGAGUACCUAUUUCUCUCUCUCUUAGGCAUUCUAAAAACUAAAAGAACCUUCUGCGACAGUUUUGGAGACCGCCCGUCCUGUACACUCGGCAUUCGCCAUGAAACAUUCAUUUUAAACCAACGGAAGAAAGUUGCUUAAAUACAUUUCAUAAACACAAAGAAACAAUUUUAGGAUAGAAUCAUAUGCGGUUCUUAAAACCACAUGCUUUAAAAAAUUAUGUAUGAUGAGCAUUACUUAUAUUAAUUGAGAUGUACAACUAUAAAUCUAACUUUGAUUUUUUCUUAAGAAAAAAACAGCUAAGGGAAAAUACAAUUCAUUACCGGAUCUAAACUUAUGAAAUAUUGACCUUGACCCCUAAAUUUUUUGAAGGUUAUAGAUAGAUAUAGGUUCCAAAAACUAUGAUUUUAUUUGUAUAAAAAUUCUUAAGAAAUGUUUGUAGUCCCUGAAAUUUUAGAUCGGGUCAUGAUGAAAUCUAAUUAAAAAAAAUAAAUUUUAAAACAAUUUUCCUUAAAUAUUAUAAAUUAAAAGUAUGUGUGUUUUAAUAUCAGAACAUAUUCUUUCUUUUUUUAAGCAACAAAUCAGAACAGAUAUUCAAAUGACAUAUUUUCAACUUUUCUAACGGGGUUUUGAAAAGAAAAAAAAACUAACAUUUUUUUUAGUCUUUUCUCUAUGUAUCCCUUCUUCCACUAUACAAUUCAGAGCAUAUAUGAUACAAAAUAAUGUAAUAUUAAUUGAAAAUUUGUCUAUAAUUUGUUAUAAUACGUAUUUGAUGAGGAAAAGAGGAGGAUAAUGAAAAGGCGGCAUGAUCCUAACAUGUUCUCUAACAUGGCUUGAUUUGAAUCAAACAUCCAAUCUCCACAAAGAUGCAUGCGUGUUUGGUUUCGUUCCAGAGAAUACUUAGUGUAAAGAUACAUUCCCCUCAUGCCACAAUGUGAACUUAAACCACUUCGCUCUUUCUAACAGAAACCCAUUAAUUAUAUUAAUUAGCAUUUAUUUAUUCAACAUGCUCAUAUUAUUAGGAGAAGACUAAGACUACACAUAAAUCAUAACUUGUAAAAAGACAAACCCUUUUUGAUAAAAAAACAGCUAUUCUUCUUCGAAUCCUGUCGGAUUAAACUUUAUACGUUAGACAUAAGCUGUCCUUACCACAUUAAACUAAUGGAAAAAACAUGGGUCUUCUUCCACGCACAUGCAAUUAUAUAUAUUUAUAUAUAUGGUAACUACAAGCAAAACACCUACGACUAAACAGAACAAACAGUUUUAUCUCUCUCUUUCUCUCCUCUCUCCUCUCAUUCAAAACUAGGGUUCUUGAGUUGUCCAUGGAGAGAGAAGAAUGCAGCAGCAGCGAAUCCGGUUGGACCACGUAUAUUUCUUCGCCAAUGGAGGAAGACGAGGAAGAGGUAAUUGAUGAGGUCUAUUAUGAAGGGCAUAGCAUCGAAAAAGAUGGAAGAAAAUAUGUCAACGAGUACGAAAGCAACAAAGACAGCGACGAUUCAAUGGCUUCCGAUGCUUCUUCCGGGCCAAGUUAUCACCAAACGAGCAACAGAGGGAGACGGAGAGAAGGUCUCGUUUUAAGAAACGGGAAAAGUGAAAGUAAUAGUAAGAGUAAUAGUGUUUAUGAUUAUAAACAUGAUGAUAAGAAUAGUGGCAAUCAUAAAUCUAGGACAAAAGAGAAGAAAAAGGGUGAAAACAAGAGUAGAUCUUCUAAAAAGAAGUAAGUUCUUUUUUUUCUUUUUUUUUUUCUUUUCUUGAAGUUGUUUGUAUGUAGAUUGGGAUUGGAUUAUCGAUUUCCUUAUUUUGUGUUGGGGGUUUUUGAUACCUCACGCAAAGGGUGUUUGAUUAUUUCUAUUUUUCAGUUGAUAUUUGUAUUCUCUUAUACCAGUCUUGUCUCUUGAUUAUUAUUAUUAUUAUUUUACUUCUAA